AUGAAGUAUUGCUGCUACAAAUUACUUGCAUCCCUGCUCUUGUUUUUCCUUUCAGUUUUGCAGCCUUCUUCAAGCCUGUUUCUCCCAUUACCCGUGUACGGCUACAUCACGACCUCCUGGUACCACGAUAUUUUUCUGUCGAAGGAGGGUCAUGAUCCAGUGGAAAACCCAGAAAGCUUAUGUUCCAUGUGUAACAGUGUAGUCCAAGGGGGCAUUGAAGUCCUAUAUCUUCACUAUUUAGCUUCACACUUAGAAGACGAGGGCAUGACUUCUCAGAUGGCCGGACAAAACCUUCAUCCAAACACCUCAUCUUCUCCAUCCCAGCCCCUUGUUCCUCCUCCUCCUUCUCCAGUAAACCUCACCCAAAUACCCUCCACAUCUGCCAGCACAUCAAACCCUAGCAACCCUUUGCUGGGUUUGAACAGAAAGCCCCUCUUGCCUGUCCAAAACCAAGCACCGCAGAGAGAUCAGUUGGCUUUGAAUAACCCAAACCAGGCUGGUCCUUCUAGUUCUUCUGUUAUCCGACCCCAAAGGCCUCAUCAAGAACAAGGGGUCAGGAUCAAUAAUGAUGGGCAGGUACCACAACAAAAUUCACCUCCUGUGAUCCAGUACAUGUACAUGCGGCAGCGUCGGAGAGGAAAUGAGCAUCAAGGGGCCCUUAGUAACCAGCCUGCCCAAGACGUCAUUGAUGUGGGCAGUGAUUUUGAAGAGGGAAGCUCAGAUAGUGAAGACAUCGAUUUGGAUUUUGGCAUCUGA